AUGAAUGUCUGGUCAGGAUCAGUCAUUCUAGAUCCAGACCGUCAGCUUGAAGGGAUCCGCCUUAUUGACCCAACCUCCCACUGGCAAUGCGACAUAUCCAAAACCGCUCAAUUUGAUCUUCGCAGCUUUGUCAACCCAGCGUUGAUUCCUCUUCAUGCGCGAGCUGGUCCCGACCUUGAACUUCACACAACGACUGCAGAGACCUCGCAAUGGCUGCAGAAAAAGCUCGCAGGUGCCAUUUGGCUCAAUCAAGAAGAGUUGGAACCCAAUCAAUGCGUACAAUGUCCUGUCGGUCUGCUGGUUAGCGUGACGGGGGCGCCAGCCCGAAUCACCAGUGUGACCACUACAGAGCUUUUGAUCUACGGUGUACUGUCGACUACGCGAUCUUGCACACGUCCACCGACCCCGCCGCACUCGUCGCCAUCUGAUAUUCCCGAACAAACCACUGUGACUCCAAGGAAAUCAUACGAACUUCGGAUAUACGCAGCUCCUCUCGCAAAGGCUCUUCUCUCAAGAGCUCAGUCUUUUCUUUCACCUCAACCGCCACCAAUAACCGCUUCGGAUGGAGAGCGCGUCUCUGCGCAGGCCGAAUUCCUGCCGGAUCUCAAUUCGCCAAGCCCGAAGCGCAAACGGGUGGCAACCCUGUUUGAGGUUGCGGCUCAACACCAUCGUCGCGUGCGACAACGCGGUGGCGAGGCUGUUUCUCAGUUGAUGGCUUCAUCUAGACCAUCUUCCUCGUCUCAGAAUCUUCAAUCACUGCGUGUCAAACGUGAGCCCGAGGACGACUCUCCCGGCCUGUCGAGUUUGGACCGCUUCGCCGCACACCGGUCCCGAUCCGUCUCGAUUGGGCCAGGCGCUACUAGACCACCGAGCAGGUUCGGAGUGCGUGGAUCAGCGACACCCAUAUCAAUGCCAACUCCGGCCACGGUCACAGCAACAGCGACGACCGCUGAUCCAAAAAAGCGCACCGCAAUACCAAAUCCGUUUCUGGACCCGGCAUCACGUUGGACAUCAAUACAGGCGUCGGCACCUUCCUUCUCGUCCGCGCACUCGGCGUCAGGCCAACAUCUCGAACCGCCUCGUUCUCCACCAAAAACUGUAGACGGGAUUAUCGCGGAAAACAAAAAUCUCAUCACCCGGACCAUCCUCACCUGUAUGCGACUCUACGGCUUCCACCGCGCCAACCCGCGUCCAUCGUCCUCUUCAUUUUCGCACAAGGGCUGCUUGGUGGAAUCAUCGACACCCGCACCUGAUCUAUCCAACGCCACGCCCGGCCCGGAGAGCCUUCGUGCGGAAACUCCCGCCGCUUCUGGCCCCGGGGCAACUGCUGAUGAUGAUGAGUUCAAAGCAAUGUACCAUGCGACGUACAAGGCAGCCGCGUUUGCGUUACGCAAGUACUUGAAAGAUGGCGGGGGUGGUUUAAUGCCCAUCUUGUUGGAAAAGGGCAAAGCCAUGACCUGUAUCGAUGAGUUGUUGCGAAUAUUUUGUGAGGAUCAUUAG